GUCAAGAAGUUUAUAGGAAAAUGUCUUCAAUUUAUCAGCCUUCUCUUGCAGAUGUACGCUCUCUCAUUUUAGAGCAAAAGAAGGGAAACUGUGUACCUGUCUAUACGAGUAUACAGGCCGAUUUAUUAACACCAGUUAUCGCUUAUUUGAAGAUAUCUCAGAAUUCUAAGUACAAUUUCUUAUUGGAGAGUGUCGCUGCAAAUGAGCGCUCUAGAUACUCUUUCAUAGGUGCAUCACCUCUUAAAGUUAUAAAAUCAGGUCCAAAUGAGGAAAUCACAGGCGAUCCUCUCCCAGCUUUAGAGGCUGAACUCGAGAAGUACAAGUACGUGAAGGUAGACGGUUUAGAUACUUUCACCGGUGGUGCAGUUGGCUAUGUUGCCUACGAUUGUGUUCAUCACUUUGAACCUAAAACAAAGAGAGAACUGAAGGAUCCAUUGGGCAUUCCAGAAUCUAUGUUCAUGAUUUGCGAUACUAUCUUGGUAUUUGACCACAUCUUCCAGAAGGUACAAGUAGUCAGCCAUGUUAAUGUACCAGACAACUGCAAUGAAGUGACAAUCCAGGCGAGGUACAACGUCGCUAUUGAUAAGAUUAGACAGACAAUUGAAUUGUUAGAAGAUCAACAAAUCCCUAGCGUUCCUCACCAACCGUUGAUCGGACAAUCCAGUGAAGCAUACAGCAACGUCGGUAAGGAGGGCUACGAAGGUUUCGUUACAUCCCUCAAAGAACACAUCAAUAAGGGUGACAUCAUCCAGGCUGUCCCAUCUCAGCGCCUGGCUAGACCGACAAAUCUCCAUCCAUUCAACGUUUACAGACACCUUCGUACGGUUAACCCAUCACCACAUAUGUUCUAUCUCGAUUUCGACGGUGACACGCCGGAAGGUGUAAGAUUCGUUGGUGCCUCCCCAGAGACACUCUGCAGAGUCGAGAACAACAAGGUAUUCAACCACGCUAUCGCAGGUACAGUCAAGAGGGGUAAAUCGAAAGAUGAAGACGAUAAACUCGGUGCUGAGCUCGCAAAAUCUGAGAAAGAUCGUGCUGAACAUAUCAUGUUGGUUGAUCUUGCAAGGAACGAUGUCAAUAGAGUUUGUAAACCUGAAACCGUCAAUGUCGAUGAGCUCAUGAAAAUUGAGAAAUUCUCUCACGUCAUUCACCUUACUUCACAGAUUUCUGGUCAACUUCGCGAGGGGAAGACGCGCUUUGAUGCAUUCAGAUCAAUCUUCCCAGCUGGUACAGUCUCUGGUGCUCCAAAAGUCAAAGCGAUGGAACUUAUUGGAGAACUCGAGGGUGAGCGUAGGGGUAUAUACGCUGGUGCAGCUGGCAGAUUUGACUUUGCAGACAAUGAGAUGGACACUUGCAUCGCUAUCCGCACGAUGACAUUCAAGAAUGGCGUCGCAUACUUGCAAGCUGGUGGUGGUAUCGUCUACGAUAGCGUUGAGGAGGAUGAGUAUAUUGAGACAAUCAACAAGCUCAUGGGUAAUGUCAAAUGCAUUGACCAGGCUGAGGACUACUACAGAAUGCUCAAUAACGAAAUUUAAAAUGGAAACCAAUGUAAUUAAUGUAUAUAUACACAUAAAGAAGUAAAUAACGUGUAUUUAAGAAUGCAUAUAGAGAAACGUAUAGUGAAGACUUCCUGAGCGUCAUUAACGUUUCAAUUACGACUUUCUCAUCUGCCCAACAAUUGAGCAGCUUUUCCUAUGAUUCCCUUCCUCUCCAAAACGCGCUCGACAGCACGCUCAACGAAGCCUUCCAAAGCGAUGCGCUUGCCGUGAGGCGUCUGCUUGCCCACGCCGUCGACAUCCUCUGCCUCUUCGAAAAGUGCUUCUACUGCAUUCUCGACAUACUUUCCAACCAUAUCGACUUCAAGGUUGACGGAGUCGCCUACCUUCUUUGAUGAGAGCGUUAUCUGAGAUUGUGUAUAUGGGAUAAGCAUAACGCCGAAUGUUUUCUCGCGUGCGUCGACGAAAGUGACUGUGAGUGAUGCACCAUCGAGGGUUAUGUAGCCCUUCGGUAUGAUGUACGGACCGACAUUGUCCCUAUCGUGCUGCUUUGGGGGGAUAUCAAACUUAUAACGAAUUGAAGAACCGUCGUUCGUGAUAUCCUUUAUGCGUGUCGUGGUAUCGACGUGUCCUUGUACAAUGUGUCCUCCCAAGCGUGUGCCAACCUGCAUCGCUCUCUCGAGGUUGACCCUGUCUCCUACUCUAAGUUCACCAAGGUUUGUGCGCUGCAGAGUUUCGGGUGCGAGACCAACUUUAAAGGAGGUUUUGUCGAACGUUACAACGGUGAGGCAUGUACCGUUUACUGCUAUACUGUCUCCAUUCUGGCAGUCACUCAAAAGAUUCUCAGAAGUGGUGAGUGUGACGCUCCAGCCGCCAUUCUCAGAUUCAUCGAUCUGCUCGAUCCGGGAGACCCUACCAACUGCUUCAAUAAGUCCUGUGAACACCAUAUCAGCGUAGAGGAAGAAGAAAGGGGAGUACGCUUAAUGUGUUUUAUUAGCUUGUCUUCUUUUUCUCUCCUUGUAUUUUUAGUCAUCUAUUCA